AUGGGAGCCCUCCCUUCUCUCCCUGUCAGGGUCCUCUGCCAGCAGAGACCAGUAGAUGAACAAGGAGUCACCACCCACCCACAACAUCCCUCAUCUAAAGUAAUCUUAUGGAGGAUGAGCCAAUGAACAAAAUCCAGAGAGAGAGAACAAUUUAAGGAAUAUUCACUUAAGUAUAGGAAGUACAAGGGCGAGACGGAGUUCGAGAUUUAGGACUUGAGACGGUCCUAAAACCAGAACUGAACCAUGAGUACCUUUGGGUACCACAGUGAGCUGAAGAAGUACGAGGAGGUAGAUGAAGAGGAGCUGCUCGCCACGCUGUCCUCUGCGGAGCUCCAGGAGCUGGAGAGGGAGCUGGCCGACCUUGAUCCUGACGAUAAUGUGCCAAUCGGCCUGAGGCAGAAAGACCAGACUGCCAAAACCCCGAUGGGCAACUUUGACAGGGAGGCUCUGUUGAAAUACUGGGAAGACGAGAACAAGAAGUUGCUGGAGGAUGAGAAGGUGGAGUCCAUCCCUGGACAGGAGGGCUACCCAGAUGAGAGAAGGGGGAAGCGAGUGUCAGAGACCAGGAGCAAAUGUGGCAAGACUCAGGACAAUGACAGGAAUACAAUUUCAAAUAAAAAUGGCCACUGCAGUGAUGUUGGAUCAAAUUAUACAAAGGCAGAUGAGUUUGAAAAGAAAGAUGAGUGUAAAAAGGAGGCUCCAAUCAAAAGUAAAUGUCCUCAAAAUAACAGUCUUUCUAAUGGGUCAAGGGGUGAACUGAGGACUAAAACCACAGACCUAAACCUGGACAUGCCUUCUGACAGACCGAGUGGGAACCCCACCAUUCUCGACAAAGCUUUGGAGCAGAUUCUGGGAGACAAUCCUGCCAUGGAUGAAGUCAACCUCAACAACAUCGAAGAUAUCUCCCAGGAGACAUUGCUUCGCUUUGCUGAAGCACUGUGCACAAACACACAUGUGCAUGUAUUCAGUCUUGCCAACACUCAUGCGGAUGAUCGUGUUGCUUUCGCAAUCUCCAAGAUGCUCAGAGAGAACUGCUCCAUUAAAAACCUGAACAUCGAGUCCAACUUUGUGUCGGGUCAAGGCAUCCUGUCUCUUCUCGCAGCACUGCAGAACAACAGGACGCUGGUGGAGCUUCGCUUUCACAACCAGAGGCACAUCUGUGGGAGUAAGGUGGAGAUGGAUAUGGUCCAGCUGCUGCGGGAGAACACCACACUGCUGAAGCUGGGCUACCAGUUUGACCUCCCAGGCCCUAGGAUGACGGCAACCAGUAUCCUGACACGCAAUCAGGACCAACAGAGACAGAGGAGGCUUCAACAGAAGAAGGAACAAAGUCCUCCAGAGGUGUCUGGACAGGUUUCUGGUCCAUCUACCGAUAACAGACCACUAAAAAUGCAGUCAGAAUCCUCGAAGACUGUUGAAACUAAGAAAAGAAAUCCUCCUUCCUCAUCCCUUGACCCAUCAACAAGGAAGAUUGCCGAAAUGGUCAAGCAGCACGAAGGUUCCAACAGCACAAAGGGUCAGUCAAACCAGAGGAAGCCCAAGUCAAAGAAGCUCAAGAAUGGUGCCAAUGAAAAGGAGAGUGCUGAUAUUCUCAAAGACCUGAAAAACGCUUUGAAGCCAUCACUGCAAAAGACACAAGUUGAACCAUCACAACUGAUGCCGCCGCCGAGGUCAAGCCGUGACAACCUGAUGGCGGCGAUUCGUGGAAGCAGCAUCGGGUCCUUAAAAAGGGUAAGACUUCCUGCUGCUGACUUAUCCAUUAACCAUUUGAAGGAAUUUUGUUUUGCUUGAGUAAAAGCAUCACAGACAUAAUUUAGCCUCCAAAAGCCUCUAGACCCUUUCAGUGUGAGUGCCGGCUGUCGGCAGACAGUCUCUGUCCCUCUGUGAAUUCCUUGACACUCAGGUUAUAAAUAGCUUGCCUUCUUCACUGCUGUUUGAUAAGACAAAUCACUCAGGGAGCUUCUGGGAAGAGAGCUGAUGAGAUAAAAGUGUUGGCCAAAUUUCUACCUAGAGAAUAAGACACAGUUUGUGAAAGUAGUUAACUUUAUUCAUUUGCAACUUCAUUAGAAUGAGUAUGAUAAUUGUUUAUUAUUAAAUGUGUUUGUAGGGACAAACCUGUCUCAUUACGGCAACCGGGCUCAGGUAGUUCUUGAUAAUAGUAAGUUGGGAAUUCUUGCAAUAUCCUAUUGAGUAACAAAAACUCAACUUAUUAAAAAGGAUGUUCAUGCUCAGCAAGUUACCCUAGG